UGGUGCAGUCUGUGUAUAUCAGUUUUUUGCUGAUUUAUAGGCUUUUUGUUCAAGCGCACUUUUCCCGCCUUUUUUUCUUCCGACCGAAAACGCUAUGUAGUAUUUUUUUUUCUUUCUUAACACUAAUGGCGGUGCAGGGCUAAGGUCGGCACUCGUUGCUGUAGCGCGGUCGCGAGAAUACGUUUGUUUGGCCUUUUUUUUCCCAUUUUAGGCCAUUUUCUAUUAUUUUUAGGGGUGUCCCUUUGUGAUUUUGUCCGCGCCAUUUUUGGCACAAAAGACUCACUUUUCUUUCGUCGCGAAGAGUAGCUGGGGAUUUUGGUACUGCGAUUCGGCUGGGCUUCGGGUUUGGUUUUUAUUUUUGCGUUUGGGCGUUUCUUUUGCAAGCCUGUUCGUCAUCUGAGACGCUCAGAUGCCGGGCAGCACUACUGGCGAUGCCUCCCCCCCAGGGGAGGAGGUAACUGAGAAGGGCAACGGGGAUUCGCCUCCGACCCAAGAGACGCUCGCCGCGCAGACAAAAAACAUGAAAUUUAAACUUAACCCGAACUCCGCAACUCUGGUAGACAUGUACCAUGACAUAAGUGAGGCAAUCCCAGCGGUGGGCACUAAAACCAGUAAGACUCACGUGGCCAACCUGCAUGCUGCAUACGACCGUCUGUUUGGUUUUGCCCUAGACCUAAUCAACCAGAACACAACACUUGCGGCAAAGAUGGAAGCGUACAGGGAAAAGAGGGAGAGGGCCCCAGCCCCCGCAGCCCCGUCCCCCACGCCGGAGAGUGUUGCCGCCCUGCAGCGCACCUUCUCGCAGGUUCUCCAGCAGAACCCGGCGACUUCGAGCCCGAGCCCCGCCGGCCAGCAGCAGGGGGGGGCAUCACCCGAGGCCCCCAAGCCAACAACACCACCCUCAGCCCCCAGGGAGAGCCUUUUGAUCUACCCUGCAACCAAGCCAGCAGCUGGGGUGGAGCCCUACGCAGGGAUCUCCCACCUGCUGCGUACUACCUUCCAGCCCGCGGACCUCGGACUCGGCUGCGUCGAGAUCAAGCAAGUGCGAGCACCCUCGCGAUCCCCACCCGAAGACAGACAGCAACCCCGAUUCGACCAUAAAAUUGUUUAUUCCUCAAGAAGCCUGUAAUCAAGAACCAACUACCGCCGACCAUCAUCCAGCAAGCCGUCCAGAUCCAUAAUUCGACCAUAGAACUGUUAAAACAUCAAGCAUCAUGUAAAAAGAACUUUCAACAACCAUCGUCAACUAGCCCGAAACGCCACUCAAGAGAAGUCAUCAGAGAAGAACUGGGGGGGAGGGAGAUACAUUUUAGUAAUU